GGAAGUAAAAAAAAAAAAUAGGAGAAAAACAGACGUCAUCGUGCCGACAUGGCGUCCCUCCUGCAGCCCGACAGGGUGGAGUAUUUGGUCCGCGGGGAGAAGAAGAUCCGCGCCCCGCUCUCUCAGCUCUACUUCUGCCGCUACUGCAGCGAGCUGCGCUCCCUGGAAUGCGUGUCGCAUGAAGUUGACUCUCAUUACUGUCCCAGUUGUCUGGAGAGCAUGCCAUCAGCUGAGGCGAAGCUCAAGAAAAACCGAUGUGCGAACUGUUUCGACUGCCCGUGCUGCAUGCACACACUGUCCACACGAGCCACCAACAUCCCAGCGCCGAUGCCCGACGACCCGACUAAGACCACCAUGAAGAAGGCAUAUUACCUGGCGUGUGGAUUCUGCCGCUGGACCUCGCGCGACGUCGGCAUGGCCGAUAAAUCCGUGGCCAGUGGAGGAUGGCAGGAACCGGAGAAUCCUCACACUCAGAGGAUCAACAAACUCAUCGAGUAUUAUCAACAACUGGCCCAGAGAGAAAAGCUGGAGAGAGACAGGAAGAAACUGGCCCGCAGACGUCCGUUCAUGCCACAGGCCUUCUCGCAACACACCAUUCACGUGGUGGAGAAGUACGGCCUGGGCACCCGGCUUCAGAGGCAGAGAUCCGGAGCUCCCAUCAGCGCCCUCUACGGCCUCUCUCUGAAGGAAGGUGAGGAGCAGAAGGAAGUCAGUAUUGAACCUGCUCAGGCACUGGAUGAGGUGGAACCUCUGCCUGAAGAUUAUUACACACGACCUGUUAACCUGACUGAAGUAACGACACUACGCCAGAGGUUGCUUCAGCCUGACUUCCAGCCUGCAGGAGCGUCUCAGCUUCACCCCAAACAUAAGCACUUGCUGAUGAAGCGCUCGCUGCGCUGCAGGAAAUGCGAGCACAACCUGAGCAAACCGGAGUUCAACCCGACCUCCAUCAAGUUUAAAAUCCAGCUGGUGGCUGUGAGCUAUAUCCCUGAAGUGAGGAUCAUGUCUAUUCCAAACCUGCGUCACAUGAAGGAGUCUCAGGUGCUGCUGACCCUGACUAACCCGGUGGAGAGCGUCACCCACGUCAGUCUGUUCACCUGUGAGGAAGAAGAUCCAGAUGAUAUUAACAGCACAGCUAAGGUCUUAGUUCCAGCGAAGGAGCUGGUCCUGGCAGGGAAAGACGCAGCGGCGGAAUAUGACGAGUUGGCUGAGCCGCAGGACUUCCAGGACGACCCGGAUGUGGUGGCCUUCAGGAAGUCCAACAAAAUCGGUUUCUUCAUCAAAGUGAUCCCUCAGAACGAGGAUGGCGACGUCACGGUGUCCCUCAAGAUGCGUCACGACUUCCGCAACCUGGCGGCUCCCAUCAGGCCGAGCGAGGAAGGAGAACCUGCUGUAGAGCUCAUCUGGCUCACGCACCACGUCGAGCUCAGCUUGGGCCCGCUGGCAGCCUAAACACACACACACACACACACACACACACACACACACACACACACACAUUGAUCUACUCACUCCAAACAUGAAGACCAGGGUAACACACACACACACACACACACACACACACGUGGUGAUGAAACCCACCUCAAUCAAGCCAUUACUGAUUUACAAUAAAACACACACACUACACAUCACUUAUACGUAACUGUGCUCACACACACACACACACACACACACACACACACACACACACACACACACACACUCCAUCUUCUCCUGCAUGCCGUCAUUGUCCCACAGAGCAUCUCAUCCUUUUCCGUUCUCGUGUUCCUGUCCAUCUCUCAACACAAACACCCCUCCGCUGACCGUGGUCCUGUAGAUGGAUCGCUCUGCUGAGUACUAACGUGGUCAUUGAUGGAUAAUAAUUCGUGGUAUUUAUUCUUACGUUGUAUAAAUAGGACAUAAACCCUCCGUAUUCGUUCUCUUGGCUACAUACCGAUAGACGCGAGUCGAAAGCUUACUGAAGUGCAAGUGAAGUGUUUGGUAGCAAAGAGAGCUUUAAAAAUAAAGCAGUUCAUUAAUAAAAGUCUGAUAUUUAAAAAAA